CUUUCAAAGGCUCUGCUCGAAAUACAAGCUUACUCUGAAGUGCAGGUAUUGAUCCUCUCCAGAUUACCUUCAGGGUCUUUGUCAAUAUUGAUUCAUGCUGUCCUUAAUCUUCUUUGCAAAGUUUUCAUUCAGACAUGUACUCAUUGUUGUAUUUUUUUUUCACUAAAAAGGCUUGCUUUGGGAGGCUUUGGGAAACUUGUAAAAGCACGAAAACAUGGGUAUAAACCAAUGUAUCUGAACAAUCACUUAUUUUAAAGAGUAAGACAAUCGGAUGGGUAGAGGUAUGGAGGUUGCAAGGAGCUGCAAAAAAUAGCAUCCCAAUAAACUGCAGCCUUUUACUUACAUUGCCCACACUCAGGGAUACCUCAUCACUUUUCUACUACUGUACAUCUUGAAAAGUCUCAAAGAAGAACUUGCCCUGUGCCCCCUCUCCCCUCCCCCACCCUUUUAAAGUUGAUCAUUUUCUGUAGAAAGGAGAAUUGGCCAACCUUACUUGCUGAUGUUUAACGUAAUUUACCUGAAAGUAUUUCAAACCAUUUGACAGCAGUUACAACAAACAAACCUAUCAGAGAUACAGUAUUCUGUUCUCACUAACUUUUUCCCCUGUCUUUCUUUUACUUACAGCAAGUUCUAGCUAAAUAUGAUGGUAAGAGCUUCAUAUUUGUUUUUUCUUGGUUGGAAAUUUAUAAAGAACAAAAAAUCGAUGAAUUUAUUUGAUUACUUUGCAGAUAUAAGUCUUCCUAAGUCAGCUACAAUAUGUUACUCUGCUGCACUCCUUAAAGCCAGAGCAGUUUGUGACAAGUAAUGAAAUAACUUUUGUACUUGGGCCGCUAGUUGAAGAGUUUUUCUCAGCUGUUAAAAUUAUAAGACCUGACCUAAAUUUAACAGUGUUCACCCACUGAUCAUCCCAGAAAAUACUGAUUGUUGAAUGGCUAGAAUGAUUUCAUACACCCUAAAAGAUGAUGAAAAAACAAUCACUUUUCUCCCUCGUAAACAUUAUGUACAGUUUGUUUAACACACAAUGCGUACAGUGAAUGUUUGGUUCUUUCCCUUCAAGUGAACCCAACAAGUCCUGAUCUACGCCCCAGCCAGUUCUUCCUCAUUUAUACUUAGGCUCUUCAUUCCAUAGCUAUCACUAGUCCUUCAUUUUCCUCGCAGAUGGUUGAGCGAGCGAAAUUCACGAGCAGGCGUGAAAAUCUCUGCUUGGAGGACAAACGAAAAAUAAAGAAAGAAGAGAAAAUACAUGUAUUUUUCUCUCUUCUCUUCACAUGUCACCUUCCUCGUGGGUGGCGGUCUUCACGCACGCUUGCAUAUUUUGCUUGCUGUACCAUAUGGUGCUGUAUGUUUUCGUCCACGGAAGUGACACUUUUGUCUUUUCUAAGUAUUUUCUUUUUGUCUUUAUACAGAUUCUCUCCUGAAAUAGCAGCAAAGAGGGGAUUAAGUCCAGCUGAAAUGGCAGCAGUGGAGGCCAUACAUAGAGCAGUGGAAUUUAACCCUCACGUUCCUAAAGUAAGUAACUGAUUCUUCUCUUAUCUACACUGACUGUCUCCUAUACAGUGGAACCCCGUUAUUACGGUCACCAAGGGGCUAAAAAAAAUUGGCCGUAAUGACGAGGUGGCCGUAUUAACGAAGGCUUCUUUACAACAAAAUGUAUGGACGGUUUUGCCGGGCGGCCAAAAAAAAGUGACCGUUUUAAGAAGAUGGCCGUAAGGCAAGGUUCCACUUUAUCUGAAAACUAAUGAUUUUAUUACUAUCUAUUUUCACUAACGCUUUAGAUCAAGUUGUCAGGAGGCCCCGCUACUAUGCAUGUGAAUAAAAUUAACCAUAAGAAAAUAGUAUUUACCCAGACUCACUCUUGCCCCUUUUUGUCGUAAUAAAUGCUAUUUUUUUACAGUAUCUUCUGGAGCAGAAAAGUCUAAUACUACCUCCAGAGCAUAUUUUAAAACGAGGAGACAGCGAGGCGAUAGCUUACGCGUUCUUUCACUUACCUCACUGGAAAAGAGUAGACGGAGCUCUUAAUCUGCUUCACUGCACGUGGGAAGGAAGUAUGUAUGGACAGACCUCUUUUGUGUGUUCCUUUUUUCGUCAUCAUCAUCAUUAUCUUCAUCAUCACUUUUAUUAUUGUAAAUGUUAGUAUCAGUACCAUUUUUACAAAGAAACAUCCACUAAGAUUCUUGAUUUAUUUCUUGCUUGUACAUAAUUUUCAAGGAAAUUCCAAUCGCCAUUUGCACAUCUCCAAUCAUGAUUACACCUUGUUUGCCCCCAAAAUUUUGUAUAGCGUUUGUUUUUAAAUUCUCCUAGGUAUUACAGUCCUCCCCAGAGAAACUGAAGACAACACUUAUUCAAAAUUGGGGGGGGGACAAGUAGGCGUUUUAUGGGAGAUGUGUAAAUGGCAAAUACUUAUGUUUCCUACUUAAAUAACUUUCUCUAGCAAUUUGAUUGAAAAAUUUACAUUCGUCUAUAUUUUAUUUGUUCGUGAAUUUUUGCAGAAGCUUUCUAUGUAGGUUUCAAUAGAAAUGAAUGAGGUUGAUUUUAAAUUUUAAAUAAUGAAUAAAGAAAUAAAUCAUCAUUACUCGUAUGAUUAUCAUUUAAGUAAGAAUGCAUGUUUGCUGCAACAAAUUUCCCUUUAAUAAACAGUUGAACAACCCCGAGUCGAACGCGAACCUUUCGCGUGUUAUCCUCCCUUGAUUACCAAUGAAGGCAUGUAGUUUAAAAUACCGUCCAUCAUCAACACAAUAGAGUUCACCAUGAUGAAAAUCUUGCAUAGGAUGUGGUACGUAUUACAUGUUAAACUGUUUUAUUUCUUCAACAGCUUUUCGUCUUGUCCCUUACCCCCUGGAAAAGGGUCAUUUGUUUCAUCCCUACCCAGCAUGCACUGAAAACGCUGACCGGGAACUUCUACCAAGUAAGUUCUGUAUUGAAUGCGCAAUUCUGUCUAUUACUGUCCGUGUUGAACUAAAUCUUAGCCGUUCUGAGAUAUUUUAAUGAAGUUUGAAGUGCCGGAAAAGUUUCUUGCAAGAAAUCAAGGCUCGUAACUAACGAGCGAUAGAAUAUUUUGGAGAAGUUAACAACGUUGUCAAUGAGCAAUAGCCUUAGCAAUGUCCUUGCUAAACUUAACGCGUUUCAAGUAGCCUUCUAUGUUGACAUUCUUUGACCCCUCACACCUCGAAUUUUUUCGCAAGGACCGUUACUUACUAUUAAGACCUUAUACUGUAAAUAGGAAGGACCUAAACCAGGGUGGGCUGACCAGUGGUUUUUCCUAAACAAAUGGUUUUGUUUGGGGGUGCUCAUUCUCGCGGGCUCACAAAACUGGUCCAGCCCUUUAAUAGUCUACGUUGGAGGAUGGUGGUACUUAGUUUUUACAUGGGUUUGGGAAAUCAAAUGGUACAAGCCAUUCCGUUUGGGGGAGCUUCAGAUAUGGGCUGUCGUUUGAGGUGAGGCAACCUUUCUCGUUUUAGUCUGCUCGGCUGAUUUAGAUAAAGUGUCUUUCGGUUCCUUCUUCUGUCAUCUCAGAUUUUAUUGUUAAAUGUUUUUUCACAAGAUUUUCAACCGGAUUGUUUGUGUAAAGCACCCUAGGUUUGAAGGUGCUGUAAAAGAUCUAAGUGUAUGUGUGGAUAAAAAUUCUCUUGAAGUAACUUCUUUUACAUUUGUCCUUUUCAGGUCACCAUGAACUCUCCAUUUACCCCAAAAAAGAACUUCCUUUCUUCAUUCUGUUUACCGCUGCCCUGUGCUCUUUCACCGCAAUGCUGGCUCUUCUUACGCACCAGUUCCCAGAACCAAUGGCCAACGCGGCCAAAACAGUAAGUAGUUAUGUACAAAACGUAGAGUGCAACGAGCCUGUCGACGCCACACUACAAUAUGCAGAUUUAGUAAGGACAGUGCGAAGUCAAAUGUGAACGCAAAAGCGCUCGAAAAGGACUGAACGCAACUUCCAGUCCUCGAUUUCCCGAAGUGCCAUUGGUCAAGUCGCCUUUUAGAUCUGCGCGCACCGUCGUUGUUAGGGAGUUUAAGCAAAGACGUUUUUGAGCGACGCAUGUCAGCCGGUAGUGGCCAGUUUUCAUUCUUGGGCAAAGCUUUUGCCCAAAUAUUGGGCAAAUCAUCAUCUCUCUAAGGGUAAAGAAACUUAGCAAUACAAAUUUGGUAGCGUCCAAGCAUUAACCCUUACCCCAUUUUACCUGCUAUAUGCCAAAUGUCAAUUUUUACUCCUAAAGAUUUUGAUCGUCUUAUGAAAUUAAGAAUCUCUUCCAUUUUCUGCUGUAAUCAUACAGGAAAAUAGAUGACUGUAAACAUCUAUCAGGGUUACCUUUUAUAAUACUCGAGCUCAAAAUUAAAAAGAGAAAAAAGGGCUUAAUACACUGUGACCAAACUUCCAAGUACACAUUUUCUUUGAACUUAAUUUUGUUUGUCUGUAAUUUGUAUUCCUCAGUGUUUGAGCUGGAUUUCAACACCGUUAAAUCUCAUUAUACAGAAGUUUGAAGAUUUCUUUCCUGCUCACAUAUGGCAUCAGCUGACACGCAUCUGA